AUGUCUCUUAAAGGCCUCCAUAAAAUAGUCUUUUUGGUGAUUCUCAUCUAUCUUAUCACAAUUGUUUUGCAGUUAUUGGAACCUAAAUUACCAAGCGUGUCUGUGCAAUAUGCAAGUAAUUUUGAGGAUCUAUUAAAUCGAAGAAGAAUUGUUUAUCUAAAAACUGAAAAAGGUGAAGUUUCAUAUGACGAUUUGGAGCUUCAAGUAUUUCUACCAUUUGGAUAUAAAAUACUUUUACACUCAAUACCGAUACCGAUAUUAGAACGAAUCGAGAAAAUGUCAUGUCAUAAGAUAUUCACAGAAUGGUCCUCCACAACAGCAAAUAGUUACAUGAUGUCACCGACAAAUAUUUCAGAGAACUUGCAUAAUAUAUAUACAAUGAAUGGCUAUGCUAAAUUCAGUGAAGGAUAUUCCACUGAUGACGAUUCACCAGUUAUCUUGACAUGGCGUAAGGAAGAUAUCGAUAAAUAUCAAUCGGAAGAUUUUGAACAAACGUUAUUAUAUGGAGAUAUGCAAGAAGCUCUUUAUAAUGCCAUUUGGUCAUAUAAAAUGGAUGGAAUGGAAGGAUUGGUCAUUGGAUCAAUUGUUCCUUGGGUGGAAGCCAACUGCCUGAAACAUGGAGCUAGAAAAAUAGUUGCAAGUGGAUUUCAUCGUGUAAAUGUCGAUUAUCCUGAAUUAAGUUUUUCUUCACAACAAGAAUUAGCUUCUCAGUCGAUUAGCAAUCCACAAUCUUUUGAUUUUAUCAUCAUGCUUUCCGGUAUAGCGAGCAGUGGUCUAAGUCGUGACAAUCAUGAAAUGAACGGUGAUCUAAUGGAAAUGUUACGGCUUCAGUGUUUAUUGAAAAAUGAAGGUCUAAUUUUCAUAGCCAUUCCAGUUGGCAAAGAUCAAAUUAUCUACAAUUCUCAUCGAAUAUAUGGACCAUUACGAUUCUCAAUGCUUUCUGAAGGAUUGCAGCUUUUAAGUGUAUUUUCUCGAGAAGGAAAAAUUCCUUUCAACUCAAAAAUAUUCAUAGCAAAUGAAGCAGAGGGUACAAUUUCCAAUAUUCGUGAAUCAUUUGGCUACAGCGAAUGA